AUGUCUUCCCGCGACGAUGCGUCUCACGGCGCAUCGCCCCCCUCUUACGAACCUCAAUCUUCGAAUAGUGGUGCACCUCCGACAUAUGCCACCUUCUCUCCCGUAACCCUCUCCGCAAACACACCAUCCCGAUCAUCCCGUCGAUCGACUAUUCUCGUCCAUCAAAAGAGCCCCCUGCUCCUCGCUACUCCGCCCCAGAUCACUCGCGCCCUCGCCUACAGUCAUCCCUUCCUCCUCCCGCUGAAUACACUCGCUGGGCUUCUCACAUGGAGUACCGGAGACCCUUGGCAGAGUUUCUUGCUAUUGUGCCUCUAUUGGGCGGUUGUUCUGUAUGGCGAUGUAGUAAUAACGUGGGCUGGGCCUGUCUUGGUCGGCGUGGCACUCAUUGCUGGCAUGUACGGUCGGAGAUACAGUCCCCUCAGUAGUAGUGGGUGGACUGAGACCAGAGGUCAGAAUGCGGGUGCCAAGGGAGCAAACCAAAACCCCGGCGAGAGCAGCCAGCAGAACGGAAAAGCAAACGCUGGCGAGAAACAGUCGAAACAUACUAGGGGAAACUCGGAGGUUACCAAUACCAAACACCAAAAGACACUGGACGAGAUCGUCGAGACUCUUAAACAGCUUACAGGGAGAUGCAAUGUUCUUAUGGAGCCCUUACUCGAAAUGACGGAUUUCCUAAGCACUCAGACGACCCCAACCAGUGCCACCACGCGCCCAGCGCUGACUGUCAUCUUCAUGCGACUGCUUAUUAUCACGCCUAUUUGGAUCGCGCUUACUGUUCCUCCAUGGAGGGUUGUCACCACGAGACGUGUAAUGCUAAUGGCCGGGACGAUCAUCUUGACUUGGCAUGCAAGGGUCAUGCGAGUAUCGCGGGCCAUUCUUUGGAGAAGCUCCACAGUUCGAAGACUUUCAACCGGCAUUACCGGGCUACAGUUCAAUACCCCUGAACAACCAUUCAAGAAAGAUUUGCAAAAGGCUGCUAAGAAAGGCUCGGAUCGUGUUCAGCAGCAGGAUUCGGAACUUACAAAAGCUCUUACCAAGGCGACAAGUUUCCAGACCAACCAUGGACGAAGACACGGCACCGGGAAGACUGCAGGUGUUAAGUUUACGUUCAUCAUUUACGAGAACCAAAGACGGUGGGUCGGUUUGGGAUGGACGAAUAAUCUAUUCGCAUACGAAAGAGCUGCUUGGACGGAUGAUCACAGUCAUUCGGUGCCAGCCAAAGACGACUUUGAGUUGCCAGAGGUGGAAGACGGAAGCCGUAUGGUGUGGAGAUGGGUUCCUGGAAGUCGCUGGCGUGUUGAUGGUGUACCAGAUGAGCACGGCCCUGUAGACUAUGAAGGGAAGGAGGGGGUGAACGGAUGGAUCUUCUAUGAUAAUAAGUGGCAAAAUGGCCAGCGAGGCCAAGAUGGCUGGAGCCGCUGGACAAGAAGGAGAAAGUGGUAUCGCGACGCUGAGUUGGUCGAACUCGAUCAGCCUAAAGAGGACCAAGAGGGCAGCACGGAAGCCAGCAAAGAAGUCAAGGAAUCUCCUUCAGUAACAAAACUCCGGUCGCAACCAUACAACUCCAGCAACGAAACCAUGGUGCCAACACGAAGCGCGGCAGACCAGAGCCACUCCGAGGACCUCAGCAAUGAUGACGCGAGCUCCAAGGCAGCAGACGAUUCCUUGUCAGUACAUUCGACAUCCUCGAAAUCUUUCCUACGAUCACCUUUCAUGCGGAAACGAGUCACUGACCGAUCUGGAGCGGAUAACAAAGAGCGCGCCAGAAGAGACAGCAGGGCAAGUAGAACGAGCAGCUUGUACAACGACGAUGACGCCAAUGCUCUGGGUGCGGAGUUGGCCUUGGAGAUUCAGAAACAAGGUCGACCAGGAGGACAAUGGGGCAUUGGCGACGAGGCACGGAUGAGCCUUGAGUAA